AUGCCCAAACAAAAAUUAGAUGAACCAUUGAUUAAUUUAUCAGAUAAUCAUUGUCAUUUUCAUCCAGAGGCUACAAUAGAACAAACUCUUGAACUUGCUAAAGCAUUAAAUGAUUAUCAAUAUGAAUUUCCAAAUAAGUUUUUCCAUUUAAUGACUACUCAACAUAUAGAUUUAGAAUGUAUGGCAGUAUUAUUGGAUAAAUUGGAAAAUGAGGAUAUUGUUGUACCAUAUUUUGGAGUUCAUCCUUGGUUUAGUCAUUUAUUUUAUACUAGUAAUGAGAAACUUAAUAAAUUAGAACAUUAUAAUAGUGUGUUACUGCCGCCUCCAUCUGAAGAAUUAUUGAACUUGUUACCCGAGCCGAUAAGUAUUAUUGAACAUACAUCAAAAAUGAAGGAUAUCAUUAAGAGAUAUAACAUAGAAGUAUUUGGAAUUGGAGAAAUUGGACUUGAUAAAUUAUUUAGAGUUCCAAAUGCUGGAUUUUUGGGUAAUCCAAAUUAUAAAAAUGAAAAUGAAAAAGAUAAAUUAUCAACUUCAAGAGUUAAAAUUGAUCAUCAAAUGAAUAUAUUUAAAUAUCAAUUAAAACUAGCGAAUGAUUUACAAGUACAAGCUUCAAUACAUUGUGUGAAAGCUCAUGGAAUAUUAUAUGAUGAAGUAAUGAAAUAUUCAAACAUUAUUGUUGUUUUGCAUUCAUAUACUGGAUCAAUUGAUCAAGCUCGACGAUGGUUAAAAACUAAAAAAUCAAAUUUAUAUUUUUCUUUAUCUAAUUGGAUUAAUGGUGAGAAGGAAGAAUUGUUAGAACUUUUAGCUAAUACAUUAAACUCAAGCCAAAUCUUAACAGAAAGUGAUACAUAUAUAGAUAAAUAUUUUAUAGAGCACAAAGAAGGUGAAUAUUUUAAUCAGUUAAUUGGAAUUUUUGAAAAAUUAAAUUCUUAUAAACCUAUUGAUUCAUUACAAUUAAAAACUAAUAUGUUAAAUAGUCUUUCAAUAAUAGAUUAG